CCCGUUUUAAACUCCAAAACCCUUGGUCAAAUAUAAAGGCACAAGGUCGCACAGUAUGUUAUCCCCUGCACUUCCAAACCCUAGCCGAACCAGAGGUCAUCCGAAAACUUCAUGGCGCCAAAGAAGGAGAAAGCACCCCCACCCUCAUCCAAACCCGCCAAGUCCGGCGGUGGAAAGCAGAAGAAGAAGAAAUGGAGCAAAGGAAAGCAAAAGGAAAAGGUGAACAACAUGGUUCUAUUUGAUAAGGCGACAUAUGACAAGCUUCUUUCUGAAGCUCCAAAGUUCAAGCUCAUCACUCCUUCAAUCUUGUCAGACAGAUUAAGGAUUAAUGGGUCAUUAGCAAGGAAGGCAAUCAAGGAUUUGAUGGCAAGAGGUGCUAUUAGGAUGGUAUCUGCUCAUGCUAGCCAACAAAUCUAUACCAGGGCUACCAAUACUUGAGAGGAUUACAUGCUAUUCAUGUUUUGUUGUCUUUCUGUUUACCUAGUAUUUUGUUUUUCAGAAUUAAGAGCUUAAUCCGUGGCUAUACUGCUUUAAAAUUUAAAGUUGAAUUGGUUGGAAUUGUAUGGGAUUUGUUUUGUCAAUUUUCAAACCUGAAGGUAACAUUUCUAAUUA